AUGCAGCCUGUCAUCUUAAAAGCUACUAUUUUCCCGCCUUGGUGCACUCUCUCAGUGCCUCCUGCUACAGAUCAUAAGGGACUGGACCUUGCUAAGGAAAGAGCGGGCGAGGGGGAAGAGAUGCAGUUUCUGCAGCAGACCCAUAUGAACAAGACAGGCCCACAGGAUGUGCAGAAGCUGGCUAUGCUCCACCACCCUCACCGUGUAAUAACUGAUAUGACUAACUACUCCAUCUCUCUAAAAGGUUCCAAAUGGAAUAAACACAAUCUGACCUAUAGUAUUAUCAAUUGCCCAAAAGAUAUGAAUCCAUCUACAAUGAAUAACAUUAUAUAUGAUAUGGUUUCCAUCUGGAGCAAUGUGACCCCCUUGAUCUUCUGGAAAGUGAAGGGUCAAGAUGUAGACACUAAGUUUUCUGAGAGUUGGUUUGAUGGGCCAGGUCAUAUCUUAGCCCAUGUCUUUUUACCAAAUUAUCAAACUCCAGGAAUUAUCCACUUUGACAAGGGAGGAUGUUGGUUGACUUCAUACAAAGCUAAAGACCUGAUGUGUGACUUUUCAGGGUUUAAUCUGUUCCUGGUUGCCAUUCAUUAGCUGGAUCAUUCUCUGGGCCUGUGGCACUCCAUGAGUCAGAACUUCAUCAGGUACCCCAGGUAUAUUUAUCAGAACCCUAGAACCUUCCAUCUUGAUGUUGAUGAUAUCCAAAGAAUCUAUCAAGUAUAUGGAGAAAGAUGUUCAUCUGAAAUGCCCUGA